AUGCAUCUCCCUUCGCAGCCCAACGUCUCCGCAACACCUGGCUCUCCAGAUGCUGCUGCAACUAGGAGCCGGAUCGAAGAUGCCCUCCAGAUGUUGCAGUUGCUCCGAAUCACGGAAUCGGAGCAAUAUCAACUUGGCCACCUACUUCUCGGAAUACCGCCGGACAGCGGUCGCCUCCCAAGUGACGAUGACAAGGCUUUGUCAUCGUUCACUACCGCUGUUUCUCCGUCCCUGUUGCCUGAUGCUAGCGCGCACGAUGGUAUAGAAGGAUACCCGGACGAGGACGUUGAUGAGGGCGUUUCCUGCAUCUCCAUCUCGACUACCUCAUCCUUAUCUUUGUCCCCCGUCUUCACGGCCCCAGCCCGAACCAUGCCACGUUCCGCCCCGGUUUCUCCACCUCUCUCAGCUGCCCGGGUGAUCCCUCAUGUUCAUAGCCCCAUGUCACCUUCUUCUGCUAGACCUGACGCGGAGGCGGUUAACUGGCAGGACAUCCCUUAUACCCCUGCGCCUAGCCGCACGCGCGCUGAGCGUGCAAUUUAUCUCAGACCUGACACUCCACCUGCUCUUGCCACGAGUAGCUCGUCGCACUCAGCUAUUCCGCCAGCUCAGCCUGUUCUGCUGAGCUAUGCUCGGGCUGCUCCACCGACGUUCCUUCAUGCAUCAGUCGAGGGCCCGUCUAUGGUGGGCCAUCACCAAGCUGUCUAUCACGGUGCAGUGUUCUGGGUGCCAAACGUUGGUACACCAGAACCUUAUCAUGUCGUGAUCAAAGGAACUCGCGCUGGGAUUUUCUGCGACUGGGGAAGGGCAUCAGAGUACGUUACUCGUAUUAAGGGCAACAUCCACUUCCGCGUGGAUGAUUGGGCCACGGCUGUGGAUUCUAUCAAGAGCGCGGUCAAGGAGGGCCGGCUCCAAGUCUUACAUUAA